CACGUGGCCCUUCUCUCAGGUGCGGCGGGAGGCGGCGGUUGGUGUCUCCGGCUGCAAAGCGCCCCGCCCUCGGAAGAAGCGCCUCCUCUGCUGGUCAGAGAUGCGGUUACCCGUUCGCUCCUACUGCUAAGCCGGGCCGCCGUUGCUGGGCAAGCGGGAGUCGGGCCUUGUCCGGCCUAGAAAAAGCGACGUUGUCCGGCGUUCUCUCUAAGGAAUUCCUCUAACUUAAAAGCUGAAGCAUCAUGGGGGAUGAUAGCGAGUGGAUGAAAUUACCCAUUGAUCAGAAAUGUGAACACAAGUUGUGGAAGGCAAGGAUAAAUGGCUAUGAAGAAGCCUUGAAGCUGUUUGAGAAGAUAAAUGAUGAGAAGAGCCCUGAAUGGUCCAAGUAUCUUGGACUUAUAAAAAAAUUUGUAACAGACUCCAAUGCAGUUGCUCAACUGAAAGGAUUGGAAGCAGCAGUUGCCUAUGUUGAAAAUGCCCAUGUAGCAGGAAAGACAACAGGAGAAGUGGUGUCUGGAGUUGUAAAUAAAGUGUUCAAUCAGCCUAAAGCUAGAGCCAAGGAGCUAGGCAUAGACAUAUGUCUUAUGUUUGUUGAAAUUGAAAAAGGGGAAAUAGUGCAAGAAGAGCUGCUUAAAGGUUUGGACAACAAGAACCCUAAAAUCAUAGUAGCAUGUAUAGAGACGCUAAGGAGAGCACUAAGUGAAUUUGGUUCCAAAAUAAUCUCACUGAAGCCAAUAAUCAAAGUGUUGCCAAAACUCUUUGAGUCUCGAGAGAAGGCUGUUCGAGAUGAAGCCAAACUUCUUGCUGUCGAGAUCUAUCGAUGGAUAAGGGAUGCUCUCAGGCCUCCAUUGCAGAAUAUAAACUCUGUUCAGUUAAAAGAACUGGAAGAAGAAUGGGUCAAACUACCAUCAUCUGCUCCCAAGCAGACAAGAUUCCUACGUUCCCAGCAAGAAAUGAAAGCAAAGUUUGAGCAGCAACAGGCAGCUGGUGGGGAUGCAGAUGGAGGAGGAGAUGAUGGUGAUGAGGCUAUUCCACAGGUGGAUGCUUACGAACUUCUGGAAGCUGUUGAAAUUCUCUCCAAACUUCCUAAAGAUUUCUAUGACAAAAUAGAGGCGAAAAAAUGGCAAGAGAGGAAAGAAGCUUUGGAAGCAGUGGAAAUGCUAGUUAAAAAUCCCAAACUUGAAGCUGGAGACUAUGCAGACUUGGUGAAAGCUCUUAAGAAGGUUGUUGGAAAGGAUACCAAUGUUAUGUUGGUUGCUUUGGCUGCCAAAUGCCUUGCUGGAUUGGCUGUUGGUCUCAGGAAGAAAUUUGGACAGUAUGCAGGACAUGUUGUCCCAACUAUCUUAGAGAAGUUCAAAGAGAAAAAGCCCCAGGUGGUGCAAGCCUUGCAAGAAGCCAUUGAUGCGAUCUUCCUUACUACUACAUUACAAAACCUCAGUGAGGAUAUAUUGGCUGUGAUGGAUAACAAAAACCCAACUAUCAAGCAACAGACAUCCCUCUUCAUUGCAAGAAGCUUUCAUCACUGCAAUUCUACUGUCCUCUCCAAGAGCCUACUGAAACCCUUCUGUGCUGCUCUUCUCAAGCAUAUUAAUGAUUCAGCUGCUGAAGUUAGAGAUGCUGCAUUUGAAGCCCUGGGUACUGCCCUGAAAGUGGCAGGUGAGAAAGCUGUGAGCACUUUCCUAACGGAUGUGGACAAACUAAAACUUGACCGGAUUAAAGAGUGUGCUGAAAAAGUGGAGCUGGCUGGUGGUAGCAGAGCCGGUGGAGGAGCUGAUAGAAAAGAAAGCAAACCUGUUACUGGGAAGGCUCCAGUUCCUUCAGGGGCAGCAGGGGACAAAGAUACAAAAGAUAAUUUGGGCAAAUCAGGUCCGCUGAAAAAGGCACCUGCUGCUAAGGCUGGUGGCCCACCCAAGAAGAGUAAGCAAGCUGCAGCUGGUGUGGGAGGAAGUGCUGGAACAAAAGGCAAGAAAGGAGCUGAAGUAAAGGAGAUCUUUGAGCCAGAGCUCUCGAUAGAGGUGUGUGAAGAGAAGGCUUCAGCUGUCCUCCCAGCUACUUGUCUACAGCAGCUAGAUAGCGGGAACUGGAAGGAAAGGCUGGCUUGCAUGGAAGAAUUUCAAAAGGCUGUUGAGCUGAUGGAUAGAACUGAAAUGCCUUGCCAGGCUCUAGUAAGAAUGUUGGCAAAGAAACCUGGAUGGAAGGAGACCAACUUUCAGGUGAUGCAGAUAAAACUUCAUAUAGUUGCCUUGAUUGCUCAGAAGGGAACCUUCUCCAAAACUUCUGCACAGAUUGUGCUGGAUGGUCUUGUGGAUAAGAUUGGUGAUGUGAAAUGUGGGAAUAAUGCAAAAGAAGCCCUAACAGCAAUAGCGGAAGCAUGUCAGCCUCCCUGGACUGCUGAGCAGGUAAUGUCAAUGGCCUUUUCCCAGAAGAAUCCAAAGAACCAAUCAGAAACCUUGAACUGGCUUUCAAAUGCGAUUAAAGAGUUUGGGUUUUCAGGAUUGAAUGUAAAGGCUUUUAUCAGCAAUGUUAAAACUGCUCUUGCAGCUACAAAUCCUGCUGUGAGAACAUCUGCCAUUACCUUAUUAGGUGUCAUGUAUCUGUAUGUGGGGCCCCCUUUGCGGAUGUUCUUUGAGGAUGAGAAACCUGCUCUCCUUUCCCAGAUAGAUGCUGAGUUUGAAAAAAUGCAAGGGCAAACACCACCUGCACCAACUCGAGGCAGUACCAGACAUGCAGUUGGCUGUGGAGAGGAUGGUGAGGAAGGAGAAGAACAGGAGGAUGCAGGAAAUGAUGUUGUGGAUCUCUUGCCGAGAACUGAUAUCAGUGAUAAGAUCACAUCUGAAUUAGUGUCUAAGAUUGGUGAUAAGAACUGGAAAAUCCGAAAGGAGGGUCUAGAUGAAGUAACAAGCAUCAUUAAUGAAGCCAAAUUCAUACAACCAAACAUAGGCGAACUUGCACCUGCAUUGAAAAGUCGGCUUAAUGAUUCCAAUAAAAUCUUGGUGCAACAAACACUGACCAUCCUCCAACAGUUGGCUACUGCUAUGGGGCCAAAUAUCAAGCAACAUGUGAAAAACCUGGGCAUUCCCAUCAUCACAAUCCUUGGAGACAGUAAGAGUAACGUCCGAACAACUUCACUAGCAACUGUGAAUGCCUGGAUAGAACAGACAGGCAUGAAAGAAUGGUUGGAAGGAGAGGACCUGUCUGAAGAACUCAAGAAAGAGAACCCUUUCUUAAGACAAGAGCUUCUAGGUUGGUUGGCUGAUAAGUUGCCCACUCUCCGUACUGUUCCAUCAGACUUGAUUUUAUGUGUGCCUCACCUGUACUCUUGCCUUGAGGAUCGAAAUGGAGAUGUCCGUAAGAAGGCACAAGAUGCUCUGCCAUUCUUUAUGAUGCAUCUGGGGUUUGAGAAGAUGGCCAAAGCCACUGGCAAGCUGAAGCCAACUUCUAAAGACCAAGCACUGACCAUGCUUGAAAAAGCCAAAGCCAAUAUGCCCGCCAAACCUGCUCCACCUACCAAGGCAUCUUCCAGAGCAAUAGGAGCCGCUCCAGCCAAAUCUCAAGUUGUGUCAGGUUCUGGUGAAGAUUUUUCAUCUAGCACUGUGGAGACCAAGGCUGAUGUGAAAAAAGCCAAAGCAGGAGGAAUAGCCCCCAAAGCCAAGCAUUCUGAUGCUAAUACAAGCCUCACGAAAGGCAAUAGCAAUCUGACAAAGAACAGGCCUGUCAAACAGGGUAUACAGGGGAAAAAAGUACCAAGCAAGUCCAACUUGAAGGAAGAUGACGACAGAUCUGGUCCAGUUUUUAUCUUAGUGCCAAAUGGGAAAGAGCAAAGGAUGAAAGAUGAAAAAGGAUUAAAGGUUUUGAAAUGGAACUUUACUACUCCUCGUGAUGAAUACAUUGAGCAGCUGAAGACUCAGAUGUCUAGCUGUGUUGCCAAGUGGUUACAAGACGAGAUGUUCCAUUCAGAUUUUCAACACCACAACAAAGCUCUCGCUGUAAUGGUUGAGCACUUGGAGAGUGAAAGGGAUGGAGUUAUCGGCUGUCUGGAUCUAAUCCUGAAGUGGCUCACUCUGAGAUUCUUUGACACCAACACAAGUGUCCUGAUGAAGGUCCUGGAGUACCUCAAGCUGCUUUUUGCCAUGUUGAACCAAGAAGAGUACCAUCUUACUGAAAAUGAGGCCACCUCCUUCAUCCCCUAUCUUAUCCUGAAGGUUGGGGAACCAAAAGAUGUAAUCCGCAGAGAUGUCCGUACCAUUUUAAAUAGAAUGUGCCUUGUCUACCCAGCCAGCAAGAUGUUUACUUUUAUUAUGGAGGGGACAAAGUCAAAGAACUCAAAACAGCGGGCAGAAUGCUUGGAAGAACUGGGUUGUCUAGUUGAAUCAUAUGGCAUGAAUGUGUGUCAGCCAACUCCAGGGAAAGCCUUGAAGGAAAUGGCAAUUCAUAUUGGUGACAGGGACAACACUGUCAGAAAUGCUGCACUCAACACCAUUGUAACAGUUUACAAUGUGCAUGGGGAUCAAGUGUUCAAACUGAUUGGAAAUCUUUCUGAAAAAGACAUGAGCAUGUUGGAGGAGCGAAUAAAGCGGUCUGCUAAGAGGCCAAAUGCCACUUUAGGGAAGCAGGUGGAGGAGAAACCACUGCGAGUUCAGAGUGCCAGUGUGAAUGCUAACAUGCUGCGGAAAGGACCAGCUGAAGACAUGUCUUCCAAACUCAACCAAGCCCGUAACAUGAGUGGCCACUCAGAGACAGCACAUGCAGUUCCACGGGAGUUCCAGCUGGAUUUAGAUGAGAUAGAAAAUGAUAAUGGCACAGUACGAUGUGAAAUGCCAGCACUUGUCCAGCACAAACUGGAUGAUAUAUUUGAACCAGUCUUGAUCCCUGAACCCAAGAUCCGUUCUGUCUCUCCACACUUUGAUGAUAUGCACAGUAACGCGGCUUCCACCAUCAACUUUGUCAUCUCCCAGGUAGCCAGUGGUGAUAUCAAUACUAGUAUCCAGGCUCUAGCACAGAUUGAUGAGGUUUUGAGACAAGAGGACAAAGCAGAAGCUAUGUCUGGCCACAUUGAUCAGUUUCUAAUAGCUACAUUCAUGCAGCUCCGGCUCAUUUACAAUACGCACAUGGCUGAUGAGAAACUGGACAAGGAUGAGAUAGUCAAGUUGUACAGCUGCAUAAUUGGAAACAUGAUUUCGCUAUUCCGAAUUGAAAGCUUGGCCCGGGAGGCCUCUGCAGGAGUGCUGAAAGACUUGAUGCAUGGCCUCAUUACCUUAAUGCUGGAUUCGAGAGUUGAAGAUCUAGAGGAAGGCCAGCAGGUUAUCAGAUCUGUCAACCUCUUGGUGGUAAAGGUUCUGGAGAAAUCUGAUCAAACAAACAUAUUGAGUGCCCUGCUUGUUCUUCUCCAGGACAGUCUGUUAGCAACGGCAAGCUCUCCCAAGUUCUCAGAACUAGUAAUGAAGUGUUUAUGGAGAAUGGUGAGACUUCUUCCUGACACUAUCAACACUAUCAAUCUGGAUCGAAUCAUGUUGGACAUCCACAUAUUUAUGAAGGUGUUUCCAAAGGAGAAACUAAAGCAAUGCAAGAGUGAAUUCCCAAUAAGGACACUGAAGACUUUGAUUCACACCUUGUGCAAGCUGAAGGGACCCAAGAUUUUAGAUCAUUUAACCAUGAUAGAUAACAAGAAUGAGUCUGAGUUGGAGGCUCACCUGUGCAAAGUGAUGAAACACUCCCUGGACCAAACUGGAAGUAAAUCUGACAAAGGAACAGAAAAAGGAGCUUCUCGCAUAGAUGAAAAAUCACUGAAGGCCAAAGUGAAUGAUAUUUUAGCAGAGAUAUUUAAGAAAAUUGGCUCUAAAGAAAACACAAAAGAGGGUCUGGCAGAGCUGUAUGAAUAUAAAAAGAAGUACUCUGAUGCAGACAUUGAGCCCUUCCUAAAAAACUCCUCACAGUUCUUCCAGAGCUACGUGGAACGAGGUCUCCGCCUGAUUGAAAUGGAAAGGGAGGGCAAGGGGCGCGUUCCUUCAACAGGGGUUUCUCCACAGAUGGAGGUAUCGUGUAUCCCUACUCCCACCAAUACAGUCCCUUCAUCCAUAGGAAACUCCAAUGGGGAAGACGUGGGGCCUUCUGUCUACUUGGAAAGGCUAAAAAUUCUCAGGCAACGAUGUGGCCUUGAUAAUGCGAAGCAGGAAGACAGAGCACCCCUGACCACCCAGCUGUCCAAACCAUCAGUCCCUACAGUUGCAUCCUGCACAGAUAUGCUCCACAGUAAGCUUUCACAGCUCCGUGAGUCACGGGAACAAUAUCAGCACAUCGAUCUGGACUCCAAUCAGACCCACUCCUCUGGCAUUGGAACCACCACUUCUUCCUCCACAGCAUCCAAUAUCGAUGACUUGAAAAAAAGACUGGAGAGAAUAAAAAGCAGUCGCAAGUGAACUUGGGUCAGGCAGUGUGGCUGUUGCAGAGUUGUUCAUCUUUAGUUUACUAAACUAGAAGUCUUCAUAGUUAAGUGGCCUCAUGUAGGCCUUCUGUAUACAAACUGGUUUAUGUGUAUAAUACAGCAGAUCUUGGCAGAGGAUCCAAGUCAUUGUGGCACAAGUCUUUGUACAUACUUUGCUUCUCUGUGAGCAUUUACUGACCAUAGAAGACUGUAUUAGUUUUAGUGUACAGAGCUGUAAACAACUAUUCUCUUCAGUUCAGUUUCUCAUAACUUUUUAUUUGUAAAGUUGUCGUCUCUUUCUUAACUCUUUACACUUAGAAGUUCUUCAGUGGAUUUACUUUUUAUUUUAAGAAAUUCUUCUCCAUAUAAUCCUUGAACUGUUUCUGUACGGACGCAUGGCAUGACGUAACUAAUUUAAGUGUCUUUUUGUAAAUAAAGUUUGGAUUAACUCUCUGUGGGAGCAGCAGUGACUAUUGGUGAGGAAUAAUGCCCAUCAGUGUUCUUUGUUAGUGGCUCAGCAGUUCUAGUUAUCAGUGAGCUGCUGCCUAAAUCUCAACAGCCGAUUAAUGUUCAUUGGAAUAACGUGGAGAAGCUGAGACGCUAAAAGUGCAAACAUUGCUCCAGCUGAAAGAAACAUUUGGUUUCUAUUUGUAGCAUUGUUACUCUCACCAUGGCUUCCCGAAUAGUUUGGGGCAGAGGCAGAACAUUUUAGCCCCAAGAAAAAUCACUUUCCAAGUCCUCGGUAUUUUAAUCUAGUUAGCCUACGAGUGCUAUAACGCUUUUGUUCCUCCUGAGGAAUUAGUUUCAUACCUUUUGGUAACUGAAUUUCAACAAGGUUAAUGAUCACUAUCCUACACUGAAGACAGGUUGGCCUGGGUUCUUCUGAUUGUUUUCUUUUCCUUGUGUGUCAUUUGCUAUACAUGCCAGAGCCCAAAAUAUUUAAAUGGGCUAGUUUGAUCUUGGAAAAUUUUCAGUACUGCUGUCAGCCUAAAAGUUGCUAGAAAGGUUUGUAAUAAAUGUAUGACCAGUGAUUGCUGCUGAUGGAUGAGAAUGUCACCUUGGGAUAAUGUUUCCGUAUGCUCACAUUCUCUAAAGUGGAUUGUUUUGAGACAGUUGAAGGGCACCAAUUGCGGUGGUUGGGGGGAAUUUUUCUGAUGGACUUGCUGCUUUUCUUUAUGGGUUAUGCAUGUGUGUGCCUCUUGUGAUCCGACUCUCAGAACUGCCAUACUACACAGAGCUUUUGGAGCAUUUUCUAGGUUAGUCUUCUCUGCUCUGCCCCACCUUGGAUAUUUUGAACUAAGUGCUGUUGCAGUGCAUAACAUGCUCCCUGAAACAUCAGCUCUUUUCUGUGCUGACAGAGGUUUGAAUCCAUUUUGCUUGCUAGGCCUUGAUUAAACAGCACUGACUUUAUGCCAUAGUUUUGUGUUACAUCAAAUCAAAUUGGUAUUCUUUUAUAAACAUCAUUGGCAACUGUGUACAUAUUAAUGAUAUGUACACUGAUUUGGAAGUGAUGCCAAUAAUAGCAUGCUUGUCCCCAGUGUGUGUAUAUUAUCUGAGUCCUGAGAGGAUUCUAUACAUUUGCCCUGUUUGUUUUUAACUUGCAGCUUUUUUAGUGGAUGCUGCUUCUUACAGAAUUGCCUAUCUUAGCUAGGGCUAUAAAAGACUGAAUCAGCACCUGCCAGCCACAUCAUUUGCUAGUGCUGUGGUGUGUCUUGAAAUGGUGCAAAAUGCUUACAGCUUGCUGGGCUAUGAGUUUCUCCUUGUGCACUUCUAGAGAGAGUCCCCUUUUGUAGCUCAUGCCUUUUUAUUCUUUAACAUUACAUCAGAGCUUACUGAAUCAUACAUUGGUAUAGUAAAUGCAUGGAAUUGUGAGGUAAUGGCAGUCAGAAACAAAACAUGCAGGAGUGUGUGUAUGUGUCAUAAAUGAGAUUUGGAAAUGCAAUGAAGCCUCUGGUAAAUUGUUUUGUCUAGAAAGAUGCUCUUCCCACCUCUAGGUGUGGCUUUAGUUUUGAUACAUUUUCCCCUUUCAGUACUGGUUUCAGAAAUGCCCUAUUUAAGCCACUUUUAGCUUAACCUAUAGCCAGUGGAAAUGUUUCUACAGUACGUUUGAAUAAAUGUUACAUUUUACUACUAAUUUUCUCUGUACUCCCUGAAUCUUGGUGAUCCACCUAUGAAAGGUACUCAAGGAGAAAUGGAACUAGCUCCUUUCUCUGCCCGUGGCUGAAAGGACAAUGUCUGAUCAGCAUGGGUAUAAAAAUGACACUUUUUAUGACUAUAUACAGUGUAACUUAGUCAGUAUUCAUGGAAUUCCACUGAUUUUCCCCUUGUGUCUUUUUAUGAAGCUUCACUCACUCAGGGGAGGAAUGUUUGCUGCUGUGGAAAAGGCUGUUUAACAGCCCUGGAAAUAGUGGGAUGCAUUUCGUUGCUUGCAGAAAUGCUACUGUGAUCUUUUUU